AUGGGCACCCCAACCGACGACCUCGAACCGAAGAUAUUGCCUGGGCACAUCGAUGUGCAUCCCACCGACAACGCGAUCGUCGUCAACUACACGAUUCAAGCAACCAUCCUCGGCGAGAAUGGCCAGCCUGUCGUCGGCGACCGCAAGGCCAUGCAGAAGAUUAUCCGAGUCAAGGCCCUGCAUCCCAACACGAACCUGGCCGUCCUUGCAGAGGAGGUUGUGGAGAAGUGCAAGCUGAUCCACCCGUCCAAGGUGCACGACGUCGAGCAGCUUCUUUACUAUUUGCAGCAGCGCCAGAUGAACGAAGGAGGCGUCCAGCGGAGACGACUCGAGGACAGCGCCUUCGGCGAUACACCGGCAGGGGAUGCGCCUCCGUCAAUCGACUCGAUCGAGCAGUACAUCGAAGGGCUCUACGAAGAAAUGCCGGACAAGAUCAGCUCAACUCGGUCCAUUCUGCAGCUUGCACGAGUGCCUGAGAAUAUGGAGCUGCUCAUCGGCAACGACGCACUCAUGUCGGCCCUGUCCCGUGUCCUGCGAGAGGACGGGAAAAAGUCCAUGGAAUUGGUCACCAACAUCAUCUACAUAUUCUUUUGCUUCUCCAACUUUUCUCAAUUCCACGGAUUCAUCACCACCAACAAGAUCGGCGACAUGUGUCUGCGCAUCACCGACCAGGAGCUGGCCCGGUUCAAUCUGUGGGUCCAAGACCUCAGGAAGCUUGAAGCAAAACUGUCCUCUCAUCCCGACAACAGCGGGCUUGUGCGAGAGCUGGAACAGGAGCACCAAAAGUUCCAGACGAUGAUACGCAAACAAGACCAGCUCCUGUUUGUGGCCUUCCAUCUGUUGUUGAACUUGGCAGAGGACCUUAAAAUCGAAGUCAAGAUGGUCAAGCGUGGAAUCAUCAAGUACCUGAUCCUCAUGCUUGAUCGAACAACGCCGGAGCUCCUCAUCCUCGUUGUCACGUUUCUCAAAAAGAUGAGCAUCUUCCGGGAAAACAAGGACGAGAUGAUGCAGAACUGCGAGCAGCUUCUCGAGAAGUUGGAUGUGCUUCUUUCAUACGAACACUCUGGGCUUCAAAACCUGACUCUGCGGCUCAUAUUCAAUCUCUCGCACGACCCGGCGUUUCGAUCGACCCUGAUGCGAACGGGCAUGCUCAAGAGACUCUCGGAGUAUAUCAACAACAAAGUCCACACGCCCGUGGCGCUUCAGCUGCUCUAUCACAUCAGCAUUGAAGACGAAACCAGAGCUGCUUUCUCGUACACCGACAUCAUUCCCCUGAGCAUCAAGAUGAUCUUGGAGAACAAAGGCGAGAAGCAGAACGUCGAGCUGAUUGCCUUGGCCAUCAAUCUGGCCUCAAACUCGGUGAACGUUGCGGUGAUCUGUGCCGACAACGGUCUCAAAUUUCUCAUGAAGCGUGCCCUCAAAACCAGGGACAACCUGCUUUUCAAGAUGCUCCGGAAUAUUGCGGCUCACGAAGGCCCUGCCAAGCUCCUGUUUUUGGACUACAUCGAUGAUCUGAUGCAGACACUCUUCAAGACCAUCGGCCAGCCCGAGAUCACCGUCGAGAUCCUGGGCAUACUCAACUCGCUUACCAUCCCCGACUUUGACUUUGCCAAGCUGUGUGAAGCAUUUGAUCUCUUGAACUUUGUUGGCAAGAAGCUGGCUCAGGCGUGCGAGGUGGUCGAGCGGGACUCUCGGCUUCCGUUCGAAAGCGGAGUGGCAGAAUCGCAGCAAAUGAACCCAAAGAGCGGUGUCCGGGAGGACGACGACAUCACCCUCGAGAUGCUGGUUCUGCUGGGGACCAUGGCCAAUGACGAAAACAUUGCACCAAUGGUGGCCAAGACAACCAUAAUCCCGGUGCUCAUGGACUUGAUGAUCGCCAAAGAAGAGGACGACGAAAUCAUUUCCCAGAUCAUCUAUGUCGUCUAUCAGUUUCUGCUCCACGAGUCGACCAGAACUAUCCUAACGACAAAGACACAGGUGGUUUCGUACUUGAUCGAUCUGCUCUACGACCGAAACAUUGAGAUUCGACGCAUGUGCGACGUCUGUCUGGACAUUAUAUCGGAGAUCGACGAUGAAUGGGUUGUGCGCAUUCGCCACCAAAAGUUCCACUGGCACAACUCGGAAUGGAUCAACCUCAUCACCCAGGCCACCGGUCAGACCAACAGCGAGGAUCAUCACUACGAGGAAGAUGCUGUACUCGACGAUGAUGACGACCUCUAUGGAAGCGGAAUGGUUAUCGGAGGCACCUCAGCGCUGUUGGAUGGACCCUGA